AUGUCCGUAAAAGUAAACAAAGGCCCAUCUUCACAUUGCCACUACUACACGGUUGGAAGUUGGUUUCCAACAGGCUACUAUGGUCAUUACCGCAGUAGAGCACGUGUUGAUUUUGUUAAUGAAUACAGGCAGUUAGCGAAACCACAGCCACCUCAGCGAUUCAUCCAACGGUCUUUACAACCAGCAGAUUACCAUCUGUUUUCUAUCCAUGACAACAGAAACUCUUUCCAGUGUGAUGCGUCCUAUUUUUCACAGGGUCUUGGACGAAAACGACACCCGGAUCGAUCAGGUAUUUUUGAUCCCAACAUUUUGUCAUGGCCACCAUAUAGAGAAAAUCCAAAACUUGACCGUCCGUUAACUUCCACAUACAGGAAAGACUUUAAAAAAGAUGAGCCGAAUGUUCAGCUGUUAGUUAAGCGACCGCUGACAUCAUUUGAUACAGUCACCACAACUUACCGCUCAGUUCAUGGAAAAGAUUCACCAAACCAUAACCUCAUCAACGCACUAAACAAUGAAGCUUUGCUUAUUACCACUCGGAGUCGGCUUUAUCAAGCAAGAAAGAAGAAAUCAGGUGAAAGAGAGACGGUAGCAUCUUGUCUGACCUGGUUUAGAGCUCCUGUACCCCCAGCUACUUCUCAGGCAAAGCCUCCACCCCCUCUACCCACUUGUCAGGCAAACCACCCAGCUACUUGUCUGACAGAUUGCAGUGGGGAAACUCAGUCUACCCAGGAGGGUUCUGUGACAAUAGACAACAUAUGCAUGUCACAAGAGAUGUUACCAACACAAAUGUCUAUGACACUUGAUCUACCAAGGCAAGAAAGUCAGACAUUGACACCUUUGGCAGAAUAA